UGGCAGAGGAGCAGGGGAGGGAGGAGAGAGGGAGGGAGGGUGGAGGACACCGGCUCCAGCCCUGCCUCCUCUCUGCAUGUGAGCACACGGCAGAGCAGCAGAGAACCAUCACAGGGGCAACAAAGGGACGCAUGGUUCAUCCAGAGAGGCAUCCAGCGAGUAAAUGAUUCAUUGAGACAAGUUGCACCUGCAGACACACGUUCGAUUUCCAUCUGUCCUCACCUCAAAGGGUGUGAUAGCACUGCACAGUCAUGGAGCUGGAGCACUUCGAUGAGCGGGACAAGGCUCUGAGGUACACCCGAAGGGGCUCACGAGGGAACGGGCUCCCCAGUCCCACGCACAGCGCCCACUGCAGCCUCUACAGGACCAGGACCCUGCAGGCACUGAGCACGGAGAAGAAGGCCAAGAAGAUCCGCUUCUACCGCAACGGGGACCGCUACUUCAAAGGGAUUGUUUAUGCCAUUUCUCAGGAGAGAUUCAGGUCCAUAGAAGCUCUGCUGGCCGACCUCACAAGGGCUCUGUCCGACAACGUCAACCUGCCCCAAGGGGUGAGGACCAUAUACACCAUCGAUGGGAUGACGAAGAUCACCAGCAUGGACCAGCUGGUGGAAGGAGAGAGCUAUGUGUGUGCGUCCAUAGAGCCCUUUAAGAUGCUGGAAUACACCAGGAAUGUAAACCCCAACUGGUCAGUUGGUGCUCGGACUGCCGGGGUCGUCCGGGACCCUUCCUCCCUGGGUAGCACCAAGGCGGGAAGCCCAGAAACUAGAGAGAACAAGGACUUCAUAAAGCCCAAGCUGGUAACCAUCGUCCGCAGUGGAGUGAAGCCUCGCAAGGCCAUACGGGUCCUUCUAAACAAGAAGACCGCACACUCCUUUGAGCAAGUCAUGACCGACAUCACAGACGCCGUUAAGAUGGAGUCUGGAGUCGUCAAAAGGCUGUUUACUGUUGACGGCAAGAUGGUUACCUGUCUUCAGGACUUCUUUGGGGAAGAUGAUAUAUUCUUUGCUUGUGGCCCCGAGAAGUUCCGUUACCAGGAUGACUUCAACCUGGAUGAAGGUGAAUGCAGGGUUGCAAAGUCUAUAUCAUACGGGCGGCUCCCCUCCAUUACGGGUCGCAUUUCCCCAAAAAGUGGGGGGUGGUCCCGCAGGAGCAAGUCUCCUUCAUCCACUGGUUCAGCGAACGGCACUGGAGGAAGUCAGUUCUCCACUCCUCGAUCUGGGAAGUCUCCCAGUCCCUCUCCGACCAGUCCAGCCAGCCUCCGAAGACGACAGGGAUCUCAACACAGUGGCUCCUCGCUCUCUUUAGCUUCCACUAAGGUUUGCAGCUCGAUGGAUGAAGGAGACGGUCUCGGCAGUGAAGCUGAGCCUCUGGAGGACUAUUCUUCAGUCCCAGCCUCCAUUACAGAGAGGUACAAAGUGGGCAGGACUUUAGGGGACGGAAACUUCGCUGUGGUGCGGGAGUGUGUGGAGAAAUCCACCGGGAGAGAGUUCGCUCUGAAGAUCAUCAGCAAAGAUAAAUGCAGGGGAAAGGAGCACAUGAUCCAGAGCGAGGUGUCGAUCCUUCGACGUGUGAAACAUCCCAACAUCGUGCUUUUAAUUGAAGAAAUGGACACACAGGGCGAGCUCUAUCUGGUCAUGGAGCUGGUUAAGGGGGGCGAUCUGUUUGAUGCCAUCACCUCCUCUAACAAAUACACGGAGCGAGAUGCCAGCUGCAUGUUGUUCAACCUGGCCAGUGCCAUCAAGUACCUGCACGGUCUCAACAUCGUCCACAGAGACAUAAAACCUGAAAACCUGUUGGUUUACGAGCACGUCGAUGGCAGUAAAUCUCUGAAGCUCGGGGACUUCGGUUUGGCCACCAUUGUGAACGGGCCCCUCUACACUGUGUGUGGCACCCCCACCUACGUAGCUCCAGAGAUAGUGGCAGAGACGGGAUAUGGCCUCAAGAUCGACAUCUGGGCCGCUGGGGUCAUCACGUACAUUCUGCUGUGUGGAUUUCCUCCUUUCCGUGGCGGUGAUAAAGAUCAGGAGGAUCUGUUUGAACACAUUCUGAGCGGCCAGCUGGAUUUCCCUUCAGCGUACUGGGACAAUGUUUCUGACCCGGCCAAGACUCUGAUCAACGGGAUGCUGCAGGUGGAGGCAGAGCUGAGAUACACAGCGGCGCAGGUGCUCGAACACCCCUGGGUCAAUGACGAGGGUGCGUCAGAGAAUGAUCAUCAGCUGCCGGUGGCUGGAAAGAUCAAGAAGCACUUCAACACUGGACCGAAGCUCCACAGCACCACAGCAGGAGUGUCAGUCAUCACAACCACGCCACUUGAUAAGGAGAAGCAAGUUUUCAGACGAAGACGCCACCAGGAUGUGAAGUCCGCUCCCAACUUCCCACACAGCUCCGGUGCCUCCCACGGCGCCUCCCGCGGCCUCUCCCCCACCGACCUCACCUCAGAGUCUGAAGACUUAUCCCCGUGCUCUGCCGGCACCGUCCGUUCCCCCGUCUCUCCGUUCUGAGGCCACGGCACCGUCCAGCCCUCCGUGGAGAGGUUGGAGCCACGGGGACGACCCAUCACUGGGUUCAGUCUGCUGACUGACAACAACUGCACAUUUAUCUGUAACUAUUUUAUUUCUUUCCUGCCAUAGUUACUUUAAUUUGAAUCACCAAUACAUCGAUCAGAUUGAGGAGCAGUUCACCUCUGGGUCAAAGAAUAAGAGCAUGCAACAAUAUUCUGUAGAUUUCUCCUUUCACCUUAUUUCAACACAGCAAGCACUGGUUCAUAGUAGUAAUAUAGAGCCCUCUACUGGUUUGUAUUGUGUACUACAGGAAUGACAGCCUGCUUCAUGAAGCACUUUUUAAUAGAAGUUGUUAACAAACAAAGACAAAAUUGAAACCAUUGCCUCUAAAUAUUCUUGUUUGACUUCAACACAAAUGCUCAUGUGACUAGAAUGACACUCAGAGCUCAUAUCUCUGCCCGGGCCCAACAACAAGCUGCACAGAAUGUCACACAUCAACAUGCUUGAUUUAUUCCGUGAAAAAAGGUCAACAAAACAAUCAGACCCACAAUGUUACAGAAAGUGGAAGAAAUGAAAAUCCUUGUUCAGAUCCACGCCCCAAACUUAACGGGUUGUGUCUUGGCCCAGGUCUCGUCCUCCUCCCUGUUCCUGCCACUAAGUCUGGUGUAAAUCCGCUCUGGAGUUUUUUUGCACAAUCUAGCUGAGGAACACACAAACGUUACAAGGGCCAAAAAAAAAAACCUCUCAACACAACAGUCCCCGUUCUGCUGCACUGUUUAACAUCCAGAUUACUUCGCUGUGGCACUUUAGGUUCUGGUGCACAAACCGUAGAACAGUCGACAGGAACUUGAGAAGACUUGCUGCUGCACCGUAGGAGAAAUACUGUGUGGCCACUCAGUAGCUUCUCCUCUUGGAGAUUUGAGGGCACUAAUGUUUGAGUGUUGAUUGGUGCCGUGUGCUUGAGGAGGGUCAUUUCAAGUGGUUUUGUUACAUGUCUGUGUGAGUGUGGUGUAGUUGGUUGUACGUGCAUGUGUAAAAACUUGCCUUGGCACAAGUGGAUUUAAGUGCAAUUAGGUUUGCCGCCCGAUGAGCACAUUAUGAAACAUGUUUUUUUGAGAUAUAUAAAGAAAAAAAGGAAUCUGUCCGCUGGUAUUAACGGAGUCCAACUGACACAGUUCUCUCUCAAUGGUGCAACACUGAUUUUCAUUCCACACAAUGGAAUAAGAAGUGAAACUGCAGUGCUUCCAGGAAUAUCCAUUAUUUUACUACUUUUAUUCUAAUGUCCUGUUCGUCCUCCGACCGCGUCACGUGUCGCUUCAUCCAAAUAACCAUAGAUGUGAACGUCCUUUCAUCCGAGACUGUAACCUGCAUGUUUGCUAAUACGCAUCCUAAGAUAAGUUGUCCUGGUCUUUUACUCUUCGAUAUACGCCUGUCAAGAUAUGAAACCACUCCUGUUGCCAUUGUACAUGCUGUCUCCAUGAAUGCAGUCCAGUUGAGACGGAGCACAACUGAGUUAAGACGUAUAUAUAUAUAAAUGUAUUUUAAACAGAAAUGUAAAACCCACGCCAAUUGCUGUUUAAAGGGCUUUUUAAGUUUUUUUUUGCCAAAAAGCACAGAGAGCAAGUCGUCGUAGUGAGUCGUCGGGAAUGUGUUUGUUUUCAAAGAUGCUGUCUGUUGUUUUUUCGUCAUCUCCUAAAAAAAAAACAUGUAAUGUUUGUGAAAAAAUGGUUCUCGAAGAAAAAAAGCUGGGAAUGUCGGUGUUAACGUGGAAGCGGAUGGAGAAUGUGAAUGCUGUAUUAUAUUCAUCCAUAUUCCAUUAAUGUCAGAAUGUUAUUAAACUUAAAUGAGUAAAAAAAAA